GCUUACAUGGCAUCGCAAUAUGCCAAUCAUUUUGUAUUGAGAUUUGUAUUCAUAUGUGGAAUGAUUUAGUGUUUCGUGAAAUGGUUUCCCCGAAAAUAACUUGUUUCAGAAGUGAUGGUGAUACAACUCCUAGUCCUCAGCCGUUUGAGGAGCCGCAGGAUUUAGUGACCAUCGAUUUGAAUCUUUCCAAGAAAGAGGCGAGUUUUACCAAGGAGAAGACAAAAUGCAAGAACAGAGUGUACAAGAUAUUACUUUACAUGUUCCUCGUGAAUAUAAUAGUUCUUGUGAUUUUUGGAAUCUUGGAGUACAUUAAUGAAGAAACAUACCUCUUCAAAACGAAACCUCCAACCCCACAUACAGCAGUCAAAACUGAAGACAUUGCGAAAGAACUAAUAAUCGAUGACUCGAAGGAUCCUCUGGAGUACCUGGUACUGAAAUGUUUAGAAACAGAUACCGUCGAAAAUUGUUGCAGUUUUUUUUCAAAUGCCGAAACCAAUGAUGAUUUUCUGGAAUUAUGCAAAGACGAACAAGAGUCAUCGCCAAAUAAUUUUAUAGACAUAAGGAGGAGAAGAGGAAUUGAAACCAAAAUUUCAAGAAGACAAGUGAAUCAUAUCAAUGGUGACGUAAUACAAGAAGUAUAUCCGGACUACUAUUAUGACUAUUACUACAACAAUGGUCAUUAUAAAUCUGAAAAUGAGGUUACAAAUUAUGGAGAAACAUAUUAUGACCACCAACAAGAAAAUAGUCGAUUUUCAGAAAACCAGGGAGAUUAUAAAUUUUCGAAAGAAAACUUUCAUACUCCUGCUGCAACACAGUUUCUACCACCUCAUUACAUAAAUACAUAUGAAUCUAUGAUUCCUGAUAUACAAGAAAAUAUUCAAGCAUAUGAUAAUCCUUCUGCUCUAAUAAAUAUCAAUUCUGAUAAUACUAACAAAUAUGAAACAAAUUUUUCUGUACACUACAGACAAAUUCCGGAAUUCUUCGCAGCAGCAGAAAAAUCAACUACCAAUCCAAACUUAGCAGACCAAUACCCACAAAUGACAACAGAAAAUGCUCCUCUUAGAGUAAGAUUGAGAUUGGAAUAUCCUUUUGAUGAUAACAUUUCAGAUUUCGAAGCAACAACAGCAACGACAGAGAUUAUUCAUGAAGAAGUUACAACUGAAAUAUUUUCAAUUUCAUCUGAGGCCAUUACUCAGUCCACUAGAAGCAAUACCGAAGAAACUGAAACAAUUUCUGAUGGAAAUAUAGACGUUGCAACCUACCAAAUAUCAACAAUUUCAUCAGCCUACAAUGAUGGGCAAUCAAUUGAAGAAAAAAGUGAAAGUAAUGAAACCAUUACCCAUCUAGAACCAAUGUCAUUAGAUUCAUACGAUGCUCACAUAACAAACUCGACAAGAAUAGCAUCUGAAACCGUUAACUCAAAACCACCUGAAACUUUCGAAGGGAGUAUUGCGAACUAUAAUGGAAAUAGUGAAUUGACUUCAGAAAGAAGCAACGAGAACUACCUCAAUUUUUCAACUGACGGCGUGUCAAUAACUACCAAAAGUUCACUUCUAGAUUCCACCUCGACUCGCUAUGAACAAGACAACAUAGCUUCUGAUUUCAAAAAGACACAACAUACACAAGGCAGGCAGAGAUUUACUGCAGAAGAAAAUGACACCCCAAACAAAGUUAAAAGUGUGCAACAAUCAUCACCACCGGAACUUUCGAACAACCAACAAACCCUUUACAACCCCUGUUAUUACCCAUAUGCCAACCCUAACCCAUACUCUCAACUAUAUAGAGUACCUGACAUUUCCCAACUUAUGCGAAUAGUUCCAGCCGAUACUCCAAAAUCUCCCCAAUUCGUCUUAAAUCCUCCCAUGUAUCCCUACACACAACCUUCUUUGGUGCCACCUGUACAGUUCUCGGCGAGCCAAUGGCCGGCACAAGUCCAGCAGGCACAAUACAUGCCAAACUUCUGGCCGCAGCAAGCUCAGCAAGGACAGAGCGGUCAAAUGAAAGUGAGCGGUCCAGGAGGGCAGUAUUAUGUAUGUAAUCCUAUAUCACCGGUUACGAAUGGUGUUGUUUCUAUGUCUGGAGUAGAAAUUAGAAGGCAGGCUUCAAAUCUUCAGGAUAUGCUGCAGAAUGUAACGAUUAAUGCAGUAGCAGAAGAACUGUCAAGAAACAAAACCAGAGAAGCAUCAAUAAUCUGCUCCUUUGGGCAAAAAGCUUGCCGAGAUGGAAGUAAGUGUUUACCAAAACAUCUAGUUUGCGAUAAUGUGGCACACUGCGAUGAUGGAAGCGACGAAGUGUUCUGUACCUGCAAAGAGCGUGUUGGAAAACUGAGGAACUGUGAUGGUUAUUUCGAUUGUCCAGAAGGAGAAGACGAAUUGGGAUGUUUCGGUUGUGAUGAAGAUGAAUUCAGCUGUGAUGAUUGGUCGAAGCUUCGCCCUAGUACUUGCAUUCCUAUACGACAACGAUGUGAUAAUAUUCGACAAUGUGAAAUCACAGGAAAAGAUGAAGAGGACUGUUCUGCUCUGGCGGAUAAUGUGGGUAACCAGCCCCAGAACAAGAUUUCCAACGCAGUUGGGUUCCUGCAUAGAAAUUUCAGAGGCAAAUGGUAUCCAACCUGUUUUGGAACAGAACUCUGGGCCCUGGAAAUAUGUAAAACCGAGUCUGGCCCUAGUUCAAUCAAUCCUCGAUCACACAUGAUGCUGACAAUGAACAACUAUCAGGGCCUUUUUAUCAACAUAUUACCAAACAAUGAAGUAAGCCUAGUCAAAACCUGCGUUCAAGAUAGAGCAGCUUUUGUCGAAUGCCCACCAAUGUACUGCGGCUUGAGAAUGACUAUGAAAAACCCAUACCGACCUCAAGAAGUAGACAUAAGCGUUGAAAAUAUCAUUGGUGAUCUGGAGAGGGACGCACGUCUUCCUAAUGAAGGUGAUGACAAACAUGACGAAACUAACAUGGAUGAAGAUGCUGUAUCAAGAUUUGAGGAAGAAAAGGAAAAAAACUUCACUUUGGGAACACCUAGGGUAGUUGGUGGCAAACCCAGUCAACCAGCAGCAUGGCCAUGGUUGGUGUCGAUCUACAAAAACGGGAUUUUCCACUGUGGGGGCGUUUUGAUCAACGAACUUUGGGUGCUGACUGCGGCUCAUUGUGUUGACAAGUAUUCGCUGUACUACUUCGAAAUUGAAGCGGGUACGCUGAGAAGAUUUUCCCACGCUCCCAUGGAACAACAUCGCUGGGCUUCACAGAUAUUUCCUCAUGAAAGCUACGACAAAUCGAAGCUGAGGCACGAUAUAGCCCUCAUGAAGCUGUCUUCUCCGGUGAGGUUCAAUAGAUAUGUGAGACCUAUCUGUUUACCAUCUGAAGCUACUGCUGGUCGCGACUUCGUGAACGGUCCAGCAGUAGGGACGAUCUGCACCACGGUUGGGUGGGGAGCUACAUUUGAACAUGGAUCGGACCCCGACCACAUGAGAGAAGUCGAAGUUCCGAUCCUGAAGCAUUGCACGCGUCCCGAAGACAUCACCGACGAUGAGUUAUGCGCCGGCCUGUCAGAGGGCGGUAAAGACGCGUGCCAGGGCGACAGCGGCGGCCCGCUGAUGUGCCGAAACCCCAACAAUCCGAGCCAGUGGUAUCUAGCGGGGCUCGUCAGCCAUGGAGAGGGUUGCGCCAGACCGAACGAGCCAGGAGUUUACACUAAAGUGGCGAGAUAUGUCGGAUGGAUUGCGGAAAAUAUGGGUGACUUCAAACCUCAUUUGGUAAUUCCACUUCAACACUGCCCAGGAUAUACCUGCAAAUUCACAAAUAGAUGUUUACCGAAGAAGCGCCAUUGUGACAAAAUAGUGGAUUGUUUGUUUGGAGACGAUGAAACCAAUUGUAAACACACCUUCCAAAAUAUUUUCAAGCAUGCUAGAGGAAAAACUCAUCACACGACAUUAAUUGCAAAGAAAACUAAUGGUCAACAGCCCGGAUUGGUUUCACCAGAAGAUACUCCAAUCCUUGGAAUGGACCUCAAAUCUGAAGAAAAUAAUUCACAGGAACAUACUACAUCCGAACCACAAAAUUCAACGAGUUUGUGGGAAGUUCCUGAAAAGAAACAAAUUGAUGUUACCAAUGAAGGAACUGAAGAGAAAAAUGUUUCGAAGGACGAUAAGCAGGCUUCGAAAAAACGAAUUGGGUCUUUGACGAAUCGUUUACAUUCUGAUAUUAAAAAAGGAAGUGCUGCUGCUAAAAAACUGUUUGGUUUCUGGAACAAACGUAUCGAUCAACAAAAAUCAACCAUUGAUCCGAUCCCAUCCAUAACAUCAAAAUAUGAGCCCAUAACUGAAAAUUUGAAUCACACAACUGAAACAGUUGAAUUAUUUGGUCAUACUACGAUACGAGUAGAAUUAGAUAAAGUUAAUUCAACAACUGAAAAAGUUGAUUCCACAACUGAGAAAAUUGUUUUCACAAUCAAAAACGUUGCCUCAACUGAAAAAAUUGAAUUUACAACUGAAAAACCUGUAUCAACAAGUGGAAAAGUGGAUUCCAUAACUGAGAAAUUCGAUAUUACAACUGAAUGGAUUACUACUACUACUGUACAAACGAAUACGCCCAAUGUGAAAGAGUUUGACAAUAACCAGGAUAUCAAAAAUUCAAAGUUUCCUGUGGAAAAAUACUCCAGAUGUGAGAAGAUGCUCCAGCUCAUACCAACCACCAGAAGAUGCAACAAACAAGUCGAUUGUGAAGACGGAACAGACGAAGCUAACUGUUCCUGUGCCGACUUUGUGAGGAACAGUAAUCCGACGGCCAUUUGCGACGGCAUAACGGAUUGCUUCGAUUUAUCCGACGAACUGAAUUGCGUGCAGUGUAAAAACGACUCUGAAUAUCAUUGCCGCCGGAGUGGACAAUGUAUUCCCUUGUCGAAACGUUGUGAUGGAGUGGCCGACUGUUCAAAAAACGAGGACGAGUGGGAUUGUGCUGCCCUUACCGAUGGCAAAACAUUAAUUCUCGACAGUGAUUUACGUCCCGAGUUGGCCAUGAGUGGUAUAAUCACAAUCAAUCGGUUUGGCGUAUGGAAACCCUUAUGCAACGCCAACUCGUCACACAGUGAUGCGGCUGUCGCCACGAACGUGUGCAAUUUUUUGGGAUUAGAGGAGUACCUUGGUUAUGGCGGCAUUGAAGUUGAAGAUGGUCCACUAAGUGUAAGAAUGAAGAACUUCAAACAGCCGGAUAGGGUCGUCCCAAGCAGCGGAGCCAUCAAGUGCCACGGGAUAUACGUCAAGUGUUCGAACGUCUCAUUAGACAAAGCGAUACACAGCGUGCGUCUCGAUAACGUUACGGUCGACGUCGAGCUGUACACGUCGCCAUGGAAUGCGGUGAUUUAUGCAGAUGGUUUAUAUAGAUGUAUGGGGACCAUUCUCAAUCGACGGUGGAUUGUCACGUCUGUCAACUGUUCUACGGAAAUAGCUAAUUUACGAAGACAUUAUGUGUCUGUUCUUUUGGGGAAAGGAAAAGCACAACUUCAAGUUCAGGGCCCCCACGAACAAACCUUGAGAGUGGUCGGAGUCGAAAAAUUUCCUGAUAACGAUAUCAUAAUCCUGCGAACAGAGAAAGAUAUUACUUUUAACCGCUACGUGAAAAGUGUAUUUCUUAAUCUCAGAAGAGACAGACGACGAAAAGAAGAAUGCAUUGCUGUAGGGCUUCAUGAAAGAAAAGCAAGAUUCAUAAAACUUCAACCAAUCCAGAACUGCAUCGUUGGAUUUAGAUGUUUCGAAAGCAAAAUUACCGAUCAAUGUAAGAGUCCUCAUCCAUGGAGUGGAACUAUAGUUUGUGAUUCCGGCAAUGGGUGGUACCCAGCAGCGGUUUAUUUCGAAAAAAACGGAUUUUGUGGACUGGCUGCUGUCACAAUAUUCACAAGUAUACCUUAUUACAAGAACAAACUUUUGGAAGCCAUGGAACGAACCCCUUUCGAACUGGAAGGUCCACGGUGUGACGGAUUCAGAUGUGAGCUAGGGGAAUGCUUAGAAAGAAACCAAAUUUGUGAUGGCAUACCUGACUGCAGGAGCGGCGAAGACGAGCAGCCUGAUUUGUGCUACGAGAAAGAACGGUACUGCCAUCGUACGGGUGAUUGCGAGUGUCCAGUAACGCACAUGAAAUGCAAAAACCACAGGUGUGUCCCCAAAAGCACAUUCUGCAAUAGACAAAAUGACUGUGAAGACAACAGUGACGAACCGGAUAUUUGUUCCUGUAGAACUUACCUGGAACUGGCUAAUUCCAGCAAAAUAUGUGAUGGAAUCAUAAAUUGCUCAGACAGGAGUGAUGAAGACCCUGAACUUUGCUCUUGUCAGACCAACAGCUUUCGAUGCGUCAGUUCUAAUAUGUGUGUAGCUCAGGAUAUGAUCUGCGAUGGACACAAAGACUGCCCUAAUGGCGAAGAUGAGCUGAUUUGCUACAACUUAUUUUCAGAAGGUGAAAAAACGACUAAUGCAGGAGAGGUUAUGACUCGUACUGGCGGCAUUUGGCACCCCGGUUGCUUCAACUCGCACUACACUGUGGCAGAACUGGAGGAAAUCUGCGAUAAGUUAGGCUUUCCUGACAGCAAUGCUAAUCAAUUGAUACCGCCUAGAAAUAUCGGCAAUAUUACGGCCCUACGUCCUGUAAUCGAUCACUUCAGCAUGGUAUGGAUUUACAGAAACCCACAGUACAAAUUCAAGUUGGGGAUGAGAACAGGAAACGAGCCAUACGUUAGUUUCGUGGAAGAUGGGAAUUGUUUUAGGUUGUUUUUAGCUUGUAUGUGAUCUGAAUAAUGAAAUUAGUGUUGAUUCA